UUCUGAUUUCUAUAAAUAUAGUUACAUGGUUACUUGACUCCAGUGAAAGAGAGAAAACAGCAAGGCAAGAAGCUAUGAAGAUCAUUGUGGAACUGAAGAUGCUUCUUCUGUUCGCAUUCGUCAUCCUAUUUCUGAAGACUUCAUGUGUUUGUUCUUGGCUUAAUGAAAAAUGUCGUGUCUACAGUGAUGGGGAAGAAUUUCCUGUUAAAGCAUCCUCUGCUUCAAAUCUGAACAUUACUAUAUGCCGUAGUGUCACUGACAUAAAAGAAGACCUUCAAGGACUUCCUGCAAACCUACUAAAUCUCUUUGUUCAUAUGGACGGAGGCUGUCAUGGUGUCCUGGCUCCAAACUCGUUCUCAAGUUUUGCAUCUCUGGAACAACUUACAAUUUCUGGAUGCUUUUCAGAGAUCCCUCCAGAAGCUUUUAAUGGAUUGACGAACGUAACUUCACUAACAAUAUCUUACAACUUUUCAGAAAACUGCAGUAAAGUAGCUCUUGAUUUCAGUCACCUUCCGUCACUUACCAGUUUGUCUAUUUCAGACUAUAGUUUGUCGUUACUGGCAUCAAAUGUUUUUGAAACAAUUCCUCUUUUGCAAAACUUAUUUUUAGCUAAUGUGUGUUUGAGGGACAUGUCUGAGGUUUUGUGUCGGCUGUCAAAGGUUAAGGCUCUGAAGCAUUUUACUCUAAAGGAAUUUUUGUUAAAAAGACUUCAGUACCCAAACUGCUCUGUUUUCAACACAUCUAACAUAUCUACUGAGUUCAAUAUUGAAGAGGUGAAUUUGCAUUUUGCAACAGUAGAGCAUGUAGAUGAGGGGGCUUUAAAAGUUUUUGGAAAGCUCUCUAGAUUUGCUUUUUCUGUUUCAAGUACAGAUUUCCUCAGAAAUCUUUCUUUAAUUGGAGUGCAUAAAAUCAGAACUUUGGAUUUCAAAGUGGAUUUACUUAAUGUUGCUGACUUGUGUACAGCAGCAAAGUUAUAUGGGAUUAACUCUAUACAAGUUCAGUAUAAAACAACUAACUUUUGGCCAACUCAUACUAAUAUUUCUGGUGGCUGUAAAAAUAUUAAGGAUGUAAUGCUUGAUACAAUUUUAUAUCCUGCAAACCUCUUAGAUGUAAAUUGUGUUUUCCAGAUUUUCAGCAACCUCACCAUUAUUAGCAUAUAUAAGCAUGUGCUCAGAUCAGAUGAUUUCCAAACUCUGUGUGCUUCAUUUCCACAAACAGUCAAACAUCUUUCUGCCAUGGAUCUUCGAUUAAAGAAGGUGGAUACAAUAGUUUCUCACCAAUUUAUGUGUUUUCAAAAUCUUGAAAUUUUGAACUUUACCUUAAGCAAAAUUGUUGUUAUAGAGGAUUUUGCUUUCAUUGGAUUGAACAAGCUGAAAGAGUUAAACCUCCGUAAAAACAAAAUAUCUUCUAUUCAUCGACACGCAUUCAGUGGCUUACAUGAACUGAGGGUGCUGGAUUUGCAGGAAAAUUCAAUAAUUCACAUUGAGCCAGAAUCAUUAAGACAUCUUAUUAAGCUUAGCUCUUUUCUGUUGGGGGAACUUAAAUUUCCUCCUAACAUGUCACUGAUCAAGCUGCAUUUAUCUGACAUAUUUGGAGGAAUUCCACAUAAUUUAAGUAAUGUUUUCAUUAGCUCAGGACUGAGACCAAUGCACCUUAUGAUCGGGAGUAAUACUACACUAAAACAUGGGCUAAACCUGCACAUUAAAGGUCAAUAUGUGAUUGUUGAGGACUGCAAUAGUUUACUUUUAACAUCUGUAGUGACACUUCAGAUACAUGCAGCAUAUAUGAUCUGUGAAAAUGAAUUCAUUGGGAAAUAUGUGCCAUCAGUCGUCAGUCUGGAAUUUGAGUCAAUGUUCUCUGACAACAUUGGAGACUUGUCUGUAAUCAAUCAGCUUGUUCAUUUAAAAACUCUAAAACUGCGAAACAUUGAGUUUACAAAUCAGCCGAACGCGGCCAUAACGUUUCACAAUCUGACAAAACUGGAGACUCUGAUUCUGUCAAAUUGCAGAAUAUUCUUUCUAGAUGGAAGUCUGACCAAAGACUUAAAGGCACUGACAAAACUUUUGCUUUCCCCAAAACAUACUGUUAACAUUCUACAAAGUUUUGUGGAACAUCUUGUUCAUUUGGAAUACAUCCAUAUUGAUAGCAUAGAUCUGUACUGCAGUUGUGAUAAUGCAUGGCUGUUAUCGUGGGUGAAGUACAACAGGAAGGUGGAGGUUGUCGUGUCAAACCCCAGCAUGCAAAAUUUGCCGUGUUUUAUUGGCAAUGAAUUUGACCAACUCAACUUUGUCAGCUUUAUCAAGGAGAACUGCUCAUUUGACCUUGAAUUUGUGUUCUUCGCCAGCACUUCUGUGUUUUUGUGCAUCUUCAUUGUUGUGGUCCUGAUGUAUAAGUUUGUAGGCCAGUACUUGAAGCCGUUCUAUCACAUCGCUAGUGGAUGGUUUCGAGAGGCUUUGCGUAUGAAGGAACAACAGCAGUACCGCUAUGAUGCUUUCGUGUCUUACAGCGGUAAGGAUGAGCACUGGGUCAUAGAGGAACUUCUUCCAAACUUAGAGCAGCGCGGGCCUCCAUUUCUGCGUCUCUGUCUGCACAGUCGAGACUUUCAGUUGGGACACGACAUUGUGGAAAACAUCACAGACAGCAUCUACGCAAGUCGCCGGACUCUUUGUCUCGUCAGUCGCAACUACCUCAAUAGCAACUGGUGCUCAGUGGAGAUGCAGCUGGCCACCUACCGGCUCCAGGUAGAACACAGAGACAUUCUUAUCCUGGUCUUCCUAGAAAACAUUCCAUCUCGCUUGCUUUCCUCCCAUCACAGACUGGCCCGGCUGGUGAAAACUAGGACCUAUCUGGACUGGCCACAGGAGCCGGAGAUGCAUGAAGCAUUCUGGGACAGGUUGUGGUAUAAACUGAGCUCUAAUAAAGCCAACUAGACUUUCCUUCUGUUUAUUGUGAAAUUGCUUAAGAUAAUUACAAACUUUCUUUUGCAAAGUGAUCAAUAUUUCAGUAAAAGUUUAUUAGAUUUGAUGCUUAAAGAAAAUGCCUUUAACAUUUUUAAAACUUUUUAAAAACUGAAUAUAAAGGAAGAAGAAAGCAACUGUUUAAUUUGCAUUUUACUUGUUUUCUCAAACAUUUAUUGUAAUUAAAAGUAAUAACUAUUUUCUAAUAAUUUACUUUUAUAUAACAUGCUUAAUAAACUCAGUGUGAAUUCGCAAUAGUCUAUUUUCCUAUAUUUUUCAAUAAGUUGACCAUUUGAUGUAUGUAUCCUGCAGCAAACAGGAUGUACAUUUGCAUGUGUGUUUGUGCAAACUAGUUUCAGUUCAUUUAUUCAGAUGUUUACUAGAACACCUUGGUUUAGCUAGCACAGUUUUAGCCUUGUAUUUCUCAUGCAUGUGCCAGUUUACUGUAAACUGACCAUAUUAUGCCCACAUUCCCAAACUUGUAAUAUUAUUUGACACAUGUAUUUACAAUAUUAAGAUUAAUGCAUUGAGUUUUAAGAGUAGUGGUUAAUAAUUUAAGAAAAUUAUUUGUAUGUCUUGUUUUUUUAUUUGUUUUUCAAAUGUCACUUAGUGGUUGCAUUGGGUGCUAUAGUUUUUGACUAAAUUUAACUAAAUAUGUUAAUAAGUAUUAGAGUAAUGAGCCAUUGUUUUCAUAUUAUUUUAUUUUAUUUUUUCAUUAAAAGUACUCAAAAGGUUUAGAUUUAAUCUCAAGCAAUGUGUUUUUUUGUUUUUGUUUUUUGUUUUUACUUUUUAAUGUGUUGGUGAUCUUUACAUGCGAAACACAUAAUGAAUGAAUAUUCAAAUAUAUGACCUUAGAUUUUGACAUUAAUAGGCUGCAGAUUGAACCUAACCAUUAUGCUGACUAUAUUUGGUGUGUAACAUCCUGAU